CUCUUUGAGCACUCCUAACAUGUAACAAAGGCGAGCCCUUGGAGAGAAAAGAAGAGAAAGGGAGCUGUCUCUCGCUCCCUCUCUUAAGUUCCCACAUAAAUUCAAACACGCACAAGCAUGGUUACAAACAGUAUAUACAACGCAUUAAGCUGCAGCCAUUCACAUGCGGAAAAAAAAAAGAAAAGAAGAAAAAAAAAGAAAAUAGAAAUAAUGUCUCAGCUGUCAGUAAAAAGUGCUCUGUGUGAUUGUUUAACGUGCCCUAAUUUGAUAAAAGGGCCAAGUGCGGGAAAUGAGGGAGUAGUGUGUUUGUCUCAGGGGUUGUUGCGGGGUAAAUAUAGCAACAAGACAGCACCAGUUGAUAUGAAGGAUUCCAUGGUGUCGAGUGCUGUUGUGACUCACCAGGCUAUGAUGAUCUGUGUGUGUGUGUGGCUGUGUGAGCUUGCCUACGUGCAUGUAUAUGUCCACUUUCCAUUCAUUUAAUGAACUUUAAUAUAAUUGACUUGUCCGGCUCAUUCCAUUACAAAAGAGAGAAAGAUAAUGCAUGAGAGAUGGAGGGAGAGGGAGAGGGAGAGGGAAGCGAGUGAGCGAGCCAGUCCGAGGAGAAGCCUGCGCGGCUGGCUCCUGGCUGGCUGUGCCGGGGAUGUGUGUCCUAAGAGUGUGUUGAGAGGAGAGUGCGAGCGCUGGUCGUCUCCAUGUCUAAUCAGAACACUUGUGUGUCCCCGUCUCAUUGUCUCCUGGGCCCCUCAGAGCAGAGGCCCCUCCACUCCGGCGCUACACCUCAGGACAUGCUGAUAGCCUGCCGGACCACUCCACAGCAGCAGGAGCAGCAGCAGCAGCAGCAGGAGCAGCAGCAGCAGCAGCAGGAGCAGCAGCAGCAGGCUCGCCCUCCUGGCUGGAAUCGAGACUUCUGGGUUGCGGUCACGAGGAACUGGAGGGAGGAAAAUGUUGUGGAAACUGCAAACACAGUGAAAGCACGGACUCCGUUCAGGAAAACCGUGCCUCAGGGGUGUGGCUUAAAAAAUCUGAAAAUGACAAGAGACGGGGAAGCACAUGGACGAGGAGUCCUGCCUCAGUGGCUACAUCUCUGCUGUGAUCCGGGGAGAGAAAUAAGACGCAACGGUGUCACGGAGAGGAGAGAGGUGAAAGCGGAGCAGCUGGGAUGGCGAGAGGAGAGAGAGGAGCGGCGACGAUUUAAACGAGGAGCUUUAGAUCAAGUUCAAGUGAACGCGUUUGGCUUUAACCCCGUUUGCUUACAGUUGGCUUUAGGCCUGGUGUAUUUUUUCCAUAAGCUUUCUUCUUCUUUUUUCCCCCCCUUGUGUGCUUCUGUGAAUCCACCUUGAGGCUUUUAAUUUGAAAUAUUGAAAUAAGAAAGAAAAGAAAAUGAUAUGUCAGCCUUUUUUAUUUUAUUUUAGCAAAGCUUUAUUAUUAUUAUUAUUAUUAUU